AUGGCACAGGCACUGCUGGUACCCCCGGGGCCUGAAAGCUUCCGCCUUUUUACUAGAGAAUCUCUUGCUGCUAUCGAAAAACGUGCUGCAGAAGAGAAAGCCAAAAAGCCCAAGAGAGAACAAGACAAUGAUGACGAGAACAAACCAAAGCCAAAUAGUGACUUGGAAGCUGGGAAGAACCUUCCAUUUAUUUAUGGAGACAUUCCUCCAGAGAUGGUGUCAGAGCCCUUGGAGGACCUGGACCCAUACUAUAUCAAUAAGAAAACUUUUAUAGUAUUGAAUAAAGGGAAGGCAAUUUUCCGAUUCAGUGCCACCUCUGCCUUGUAUAUUUUAACUCCACUAAAUCCUGUUAGGAAAAUUGCUAUUAAGAUUUUGGUACAUUCUUUAUUCAGCAUGCUUAUCAUGUGCACUAUUUUGACCAACUGCGUAUUUAUGACCUUGAGUAACCCUCCAGACUGGACGAAGAAUGUAGAGUACACAUUCACUGGAAUCUACACCUUUGAGUCACUUAUAAAAAUCUUGGCAAGAGGGUUUUGCUUAGAAGAUUUUACAUUCCUUCGUGAUCCAUGGAACUGGUUGGAUUUCAGUGUCAUUGUGAUGGCAUACGUGACAGAGUUUGUCGACCUGGGCAAUGUCUCAGCGCUGAGAACAUUCAGAGUUCUCCGAGCACUGAAAACAAUUUCAGUCAUUCCAGGUUUAAAGACCAUUGUAGGGGCCCUAAUCCAGUCCGUGAAGAAGCUUUCUGAUGUCAUGAUCUUGACUGUGUUCUGUCUGAGCGUGUUUGCUCUAAUUGGUCUGCAGCUGUUCAUGGGCAACCUGCGGAAUAAAUGCUUGCAAUGGCCCCCAAGCGAUUCUGCUUUUGAAACCAACACCACAUCCUACUUUAAUGGCACAAUGGAUUCAAAUGGGAUAUUUGUUAAUAUAACAAUGAGUACAUUUAACUGGAAGGAUUAUAUUGAAGAUGACAGUCACUUUUAUGUUUUGGAUGGACAAAAGGACCCUCUACUCUGUGGAAAUGGCUCAGAUGCAGGCCAGUGUCCAGAAGGAUACAUCUGUGUGAAGGCUGGUCGAAACCCCAACUAUGGAUACACAAGCUUUGAUACCUUUAGUUGGGCUUUCUUGUCUCUAUUUCGGCUCAUGACUCAAGACUACUGGGAGAACCUUUACCAGUUGACAUUACGUGCUGCUGGAAAAACAUACAUGAUAUUUUUUGUCCUGGUGAUUUUCUUGGGAUCUUUCUAUUUGGUGAAUUUGAUCCUGGCUGUGGUGGCCAUGGCCUAUGAGGAACAGAAUCAGGCCACCUUGGAAGAGGCAGAACAGAAAGAGGCUGAAUUUCAGCAAAUGCUGGAACAGCUUAAAAAGCAACAGGAAGAAGCUCAGGUACUGAUUGCUGCAGCAUCAGCUGCUUCAAGAGAUUUCAGUGGAAUAGGUGGGUUAGGAGAGCUCCUGGAAAGUUCUUCAGAGGCAUCAAAGUUAAGUUCUAAAAGUGCUAAGGAGUGGAGGAACCGGAGGAAGAAAAGAAGACAAAGGGAGCAUCUUGAAGGAAACAACAAAGGAGAGGGAGACAGGUUUCCCAAAUCUGAAUCUGAGGACAGUGUCAAAAGGAGAAGCUUCCUUUUCUCCAUGGAUGGAAACAGACUGACUAGUGACAAGAAAUUCUACUCCCCUCAUCAGUCUCUGUUAAGUAUCCGUGGCUCCUUGUUUUCCCCACGACGCAACAGCAAAACAAGCAUUUUCAGCUUCAGAGGUCGCGCAAAGGACGUCGGUUCUGAAAAUGACUUUGCUGAUGAUGAGCACAGUACAUUUGAAGACAGCGAGAGCAGGAGAGACUCACUGUUUGUGCCGCACAGACACGGAGAGCGACGCAACAGUAACGUUAGUCAGGCCAGUAUGUCAUCCAGGAUGGUGCCAGGGCUUCCAGCAAAUGGGAAGAUGCACAGCACUGUGGAUUGCAAUGGUGUGGUUUCCUUGGUGGGUGGACCGUCAGCUCUAACCUCACCUACUGGACAACUUCUGCCAGAGGGCACCACCACUGAAACGGAAGUCAGAAAGAGAAGGCUAAGUUCUUACCAGAUUUCAAUGGAGAUGCUGGAGGAUUCCUCUGGAAGGCAAAGAGCCAUGAGCAUAGCUAGCAUCCUGACCAACACAAUGGAGGAACUUGAAGAAUCUAGACAGAAAUGUCCACCAUGCUGGUACAGAUUUGCCAAUGUGUUUUUGAUCUGGGACUGCUGUGAUGCAUGGUUAAAAGUAAAGCGUCUUGUGAAUUUAAUUGUUAUGGAUCCAUUUGUUGAUCUUGCCAUCACUAUUUGCAUUGUCUUAAAUACCCUCUUUAUGGCCAUGGAGCACUACCCAAUGACUGGUCAAUUCAGUAGUGUAUUGACUGUAGGAAACUUGGUUUUCACUGGGAUCUUCACAGCAGAAAUGGUUCUCAAGAUCAUUGCCAUGGAUCCAUAUUAUUAUUUCCAAGAAGGCUGGAAUAUAUUUGAUGGGAUUAUUGUCAGCCUUAGUUUGAUGGAGCUUGGCCUGGCAAAUGUGGAGGGAUUGUCUGUACUGAGAUCAUUCAGACUGCUUCGAGUUUUCAAGCUGGCAAAAUCCUGGCCCACACUGAAUAUGCUGAUAAAGAUCAUUGGCAAUUCUGUGGGGGCUUUAGGUAACCUCACCUUGGUGUUGGCCAUCAUCGUCUUCAUUUUUGCUGUGGUCGGCAUGCAGCUAUUUGGUAAGAGCUACAAAGAAUGUGUCUGCAAGAUCUCCAGUGAUUGUGAGCUCCCACGCUGGCACAUGCAUGACUUCUUCCACUCCUUCCUGAUUGUGUUCCGCGUGCUGUGUGGAGAGUGGAUAGAGACCAUGUGGGACUGUAUGGAGGUCGCUGGCCAAACCAUGUGCCUUAUUGUUUUCAUGUUGGUCAUGGUCAUUGGAAACCUUGUGGUUCUGAACCUCUUUCUGGCCUUAUUGUUGAGCUCAUUUAGCUCAGACAAUCUUGCUGCUACCGAUGAUGAUAAUGAAAUGAACAAUCUCCAGAUUGCAGUAGGAAGGAUGCAAAAGGGAAUUGAUUAUGUGAAAAAUAAGAUACGGGAGUGUUUCAGAAAAACAUUUUUUAGAAAGUCAAAAGUUAUAGAGAUCCAUGAAGGCAACAAAAUAGACAGCUGCAUAUCCAAUAAUACUGGAAUAGAAAUAAGCAAAGAACUUAAUUAUCUUAAAGAUGGGAAUGGAACCACCAGUGGUGUAGGUACCGGAAGCAGUGUUGAAAAAUAUGUAAUCGAUGAAAAUGAUUAUAUGUCAUUCAUAAACAACCCCAGCCUCACUGUAACAGUGCCAAUUGCUGUUGGAGAGUCUGACUUUGAAAACUUAAAUACUGAGGAGUUUAGCAGUGAGUCAGAACUAGAAGAAAGCAAAGAGAAAUUAAAUGCAACCAGCUCAUCUGAAGGAAGCACAGUUGAUGUUGCUCCACCCCGAGAAGGUGAACAAGCUGAAACUGAACCUGAGGAAGACCUUAAACCGGAAGCUUGCUUUACUGAAGGAUGUAUUAAAAAGUUUCCAUUCUGUCAAGUAAGUAUAGAAGAGGGCAAAGGAAAGGUCUGGUGGAAUCUUCGGAAAACCUGCUACAGCAUUGUUGAACACAACUGGUUUGAGACUUUCAUUGUCUUCAUGAUUCUUCUCAGCAGCGGUGCUUUGGCUUUUGAAGAUAUAUACAUUGAACAGCGAAAGACUAUCAAAACCAUACUAGAAUAUGCUGACAAGGUCUUCACUUACAUAUUCAUUCUGGAAAUGCUCCUCAAAUGGGUAGCUUAUGGAUUUCAAACAUAUUUCACCAAUGCCUGGUGCUGGCUAGAUUUCUUGAUUGUUGAUGUUUCUUUGGUUAGCUUGGUAGCCAAUGCUCUCGGCUACUCAGAACUUGGUGCCAUUAAAUCCCUACGGACAUUAAGAGCUUUAAGACCUCUAAGAGCUUUAUCCCGGUUUGAAGGCAUGAGGGUUGUUGUGAAUGCUCUUGUUGGAGCAAUUCCCUCUAUCAUGAAUGUACUCUUGGUGUGUCUCAUCUUCUGGCUGAUCUUUAGCAUCAUGGGUGUGAAUUUGUUUGCUGGCAAGUUCUACCACUGUGUUAACACGACAACGGGUAACAUGUUUGAAGUUAGUGAAGUCAACAAUCUGAGCGACUGUCAGGCUCUUGGCAAGCAAGCUCGAUGGAAAAACGUCAAAGUAAACUUUGAUAAUGUUGGCGCUGGCUAUCUUGCAUUGCUUCAAGUGGCCACAUUUAAAGGCUGGAUGGAUAUUAUGUAUGCAGCUGUUGAUUCACGAGAUGUAAAACUUCAGCCUGUAUAUGAAGAAAAUCUAUAUAUGUAUUUAUACUUCGUCAUCUUUAUCAUCUUUGGGUCAUUCUUCACUCUGAAUCUAUUCAUUGGUGUAAUCAUAGAUAACUUCAACCAACAGAAAAAGAAGUUUGGAGGUCAAGACAUCUUUAUGACAGAGGAACAGAAAAAAUACUAUAAUGCAAUGAAGAAGCUUGGAUCCAAGAAACCUCAGAAGCCCAUACCUCGACCAGCAAACAAAUUCCAAGGAAUGGUCUUUGAUUUUGUAACCAGACAAGUCUUUGAUAUCAGCAUCAUGAUCCUCAUCUGCCUCAACAUGGUCACCAUGAUGGUGGAAACUGAUGACCAGAGCAAAUAUAUGACUCUAGUUUUGUCCCGGAUCAACCUUGUGUUCAUUAUCCUGUUCACUGGAGAAUUUGUGCUAAAGCUCAUUUCUCUCAGAUACUACUACUUCACCAUCGGCUGGAACAUAUUUGAUUUUGUGGUGGUGAUUCUCUCCAUUGUAGGUAUGUUUCUGGCUGAGCUGAUAGAAAAAUACUUUGUGUCCCCUACCCUGUUCCGAGUGAUCCGGCUCGCCAGGAUUGGUCGAAUCUUGCGUCUGAUCAAAGGGGCCAAGGGAAUCCGCACGCUGCUCUUUGCUCUGAUGAUGUCCCUUCCUGCCUUGUUUAACAUCGGCCUCCUGCUCUUCCUGGUCAUGUUCAUCUACGCCAUCUUUGGAAUGUCCAACUUUGCCUAUGUUAAAAAGGAAGCUGGAAUUGAUGACAUGUUCAACUUUGAGACCUUCGGCAACAGCAUGAUCUGCCUGUUCCAAAUUACCACCUCUGCUGGCUGGGACGGAUUGCUAGCACCUAUUCUCAACAGUGCACCGCCUGACUGUGAUCCUGAUACAAUUCACCCUGGAAGUUCAGUUAAGGGAGACUGUGGGAACCCAUCUGUCGGGAUUUUCUUUUUUGUCAGUUACAUCAUCAUAUCAUUUCUGGUUGUGGUGAACAUGUACAUCGCUGUCAUCCUGGAGAACUUCAGUGUUGCUACUGAAGAAAGUGCCGAGCCCCUGAGUGAGGAUGACUUUGAGAUGUUCUACGAGGUUUGGGAAAAGUUUGAUCCCGACGCCACCCAGUUUAUAGAGUUCUCCAAGCUCUCUGAUUUUGCAGCUGCCCUGGAUCCUCCUCUUCUCAUAGCAAAACCAAACAAAGUCCAGCUCAUCGCCAUGGACCUGCCCAUGGUCAGUGGGGACCGGAUCCACUGCCUCGACAUUUUAUUUGCCUUUACAAAGCGUGUUUUGGGUGAGAGUGGAGAGAUGGAUGCCCUUCGAAUACAGAUGGAAGACCGGUUCAUGGCAUCGAACCCCUCCAAAGUUUCCUAUGAACCCAUCACAACCACUUUAAAACGCAAACAAGAAGAGGUGUCUGCUGCUAUCAUUCAGCGUAAUUUCAGAUGUUAUCUUUUAAGACAAAGGUUAAAAAAGGUAUCAAGUGAAUAUAACAAAGAGGCAAUUAAAGGAAGGAUUGACUUACCUAUCAAAGAAGACAUGAUUAUUGACAAAUUAAAUGGAAACUCCACCCCAGAGAAAACAGAUGGAAGUUCCUCUACCACAUCUCCUCCUUCCUAUGAUAGUGUAACAAAGCCAGACAAAGAAAAGUUUGAGAAAGACAAACCGGAAAAAGAAAGCAAAGGGAAAGAGGUCAGGGAAAAUCAAAAGUAAAAAAGAAACAAAGAAUUAUCUUUGUGAUCAAUUGUU